UCUAUCAAAUCCCAUUUUGUCAAAAAAUUCCUCUUGGAACUUUGCCACCGGAAGAAAGAAACCUCCCAAUUUUCCUUAAUGGAAAAAUCAUAAGUGUCAUGAAUUCAGUUUUAUCAUUUGAAGAAAUCUUAGAGCAAGAGCUAUUAUGGUGUCUUCUCUGUAUUAAAUAUCCAUCUACAAUGGACUCAGUGGAGCAUAUUAAAUAUCUUGUCAAUGAAAUUCCUAAACAUCCACGAUUUAUAAAAAUGUUGAAGCAAAGAACAUUAAAAUGGUUAGAUGAUAGUACUUCAGAAAAUUGGCAGCUAAAGGUUGCCACUGACAAGAGAGUGCUUUAUUUACAUUCAUCAUUCUGUGCUGCUCUUCAGUCAUAUAUCAGAAUAAUUGUGAGGAAACAUAUCGCUAAGCUAUUAUGCACACUUGAACGGCUAUCUGCUCUCAAAACUUUAUUAAAUCUCGAAUGUAAAAACGGUGACAAUAACCUUAUUGAAUAUUGGUAUCAUACGUUUAAUGAUAAUAAUGUUAUUGACGUUGAAUUCAUGAUGGAUCCAAAACCUGAUAGUUAUCCCUUGUCAAGUGGUCCAUAUACCAUGGAAUUCCCUUUCUCCUAUUACCUUAUCAAGCAAAUUAACCUUUAUGAGAAGCUUUAUAUUGAGGAUAUUAAAAUACUUAAAGAAAAUAAAAAUAAUAUUGAUAAUUCCACUGGAGAUCUAUUAAACAAUAUUCUUGCUGAUUGCUUUGAAAGGUUCCAAAAUAUAUUAUUAAAAACUCCUGCACUCCAAGAUGCGCCUUUACAAAUAGCAGGACAUUUAUAUUACAAAGAUUUUCUUACUAUUAUAUCUUCUAAUAAUGGGGGUAAUGAGAAUCUUAAACUUAUUACCCUUUUAUUGCAACGGCGUUUGGGCAAAAAAUUAAUUAUGAACCCUAUCAGACUUCAUACAUAUUGGUGGGCAAAAUCAGAUAUUAUAAUCGCUGAAUUACAAUUAUCUAAACUUUGUUAUCCAAUUGCUAAUGAAAUAGUCAAAGAUAUAAAUGACAAUUUCGAGAAUUAUAAAAGGGAUCUCCCGGAUAUAGCUGCCCAGUUGACAUUGGAUCGUAUCCAUACAAUUAAUGAAAAACAAUUGCAGCAAUGGCAGCUUGAGGUUCCCCAGAUACUUCUUCUUUGUACCGACCUCUCAGUAGGUCCCUUGUCUUCUUCCUUCCAACUUCUUAGUAUAUGCAAUGAUCUCGUCUCAUUGCAAGUAAUACCCCCUAAUUAUUUCUCUAUAAUUAUUGACAUUGGACGUAAAUACGGCCCUUCGGAUAUAAAGUUUGUUGAUCACAUUUUUAAAAUUUUGGACACAAAAAGGACAACAAAGAGUAUUAUAGCUAGGCAAAACUUUGUAUUAAGAAUUUUAGAAAUUAUCCCUCUUGAAUCACCUGCUCGCUUGCAUCUUUAUGAAAAGCUGUUUACACAAGCUCAACCAUUAACUCUCACAGCUUUUAUAAUACUUUGCAUCUUUCGUUCAGAAGAAAAAGAUUUGUUCUCAGCUAUACUUGGAAAUACAAAUAAAGUAUUUCGUUCCUCACGAAGACUCAAUAUAAUAAAUGAACAACUAGGAAAGAAUUCGUGUGAUUCUGAAUUAGUAGCACUAUGCUGCGAUGUUAUUCAACAGGAAUUUUUUGACAAAAUGGGAUUUGAUAGACUUAAAGGAUUAUUCCGUGAUGCUUUUCAA